AUGAAAGAUUUGGGAUUGUUGCACUAUUUUCUUGGUCUGCAGAUCACAUAUGUUCCUAAUGGUGGUCUAUUUCUUUCACAAACCAAAUAUGCCUCUGAAAUCCUGCAAAAAGCUGGUAUGCUGGAUUGUAAUGCAAGCAUUACUCCUUGUCUUCCCAAUUCAAAGUUGCUCCGAGAUGAAGGUGCUCCAUUUAUAGAUAUAAAGACUUACAGGAGCAUUGUUGGCUGCUUGCAAUAUCUCACGUUUACACGACGUCCUGAUAUUGCUUACAAUGUCAACUCAGUUUGUCAAUUUAUGCAAGCCCCCACAGAUGUUCAUUUUCUUGCUGUGAAGCGUAUUCUUCGCUAUGUUAAAGGUACCUUGAACUAUGGUGUUACAUUCAGGAGAGCUCCGCUUGAAUUGAAGGCCUAUACUGACUCUGACUGGGCUGGCAACCCUAAUGAUAAAAGAAGUACUACAGGGCUUGUCAUUUUUCUUGGUAACUGUCCAAUCUCAUAG